UAGAGUUUGUUGUAUUAUAUGCAAACGUCACAAAGAUAUUUUGACUUCUUGUAUUUAUCUAGCAGAGGGCAGCUCAGAAAUCGUUAUUUAUCUGGUAUCACGUGAGAAGUAACAGUCAGCUGAUUUCACUUAGGAAUAAUAAGAUUUACACAGUGUCAAUAUGAAUAGAAGAAAAAUAAGGAUUAUGCUUUACAUAUGUAUAUGUGCAACAAUACUAACGACGUAUAUCAUGAUAACGGCCCAAACUGGCGAAGAGAUAAACAAAAAUCGUGACAAUGGUAUGGCCAAUACCUCUGGUCCAAGGCAAUCCGCAUAUGUUCAAGACAACAACGGUCCUAUUCCAGUCAUCAUUCUGACAUAUAUGAGAAGUGGGUCAUCGUUUCUGGGCGAGAUUUUACAGGCUAACUCUGACACGUUUUACUGGUUUGAGCCCGUUCAUGAGCUAUGGGGAUUAUAUAAAGCUGACAACCACAAACAGUUUGAUUUCAAAGACGGAACAAAGCGGGCUUUCAAAACGUUUUUGGACCUAGCAAUUCCCACCAUCAGGAACAUAAGCACUUGCGAAUUAGAAAGUCUACCUAUGGGUGCCUUGAGGGAGCAAUUUCUAUCGAAAAGUGAACAGAUGAAAGAAUUCGUAAAUUGCAGAGGUUAUGAAGAACAUGGACAUACAACCAAUAAAAAGCUUAUUCGGUGUUUACCAGAUUUAAACACAAAAUGUUUACAAUCAAAACAUAUUGUUAUAAAAACAAUACGAAUACGUAUGAAAAGUUUAGGUAAUAUACUUGAAAAAAUCCCAUCGUUAAAAGUAAUACAUUUAAUGAGAGAUCCACGAGGAACAUUUCGCUCACAAAAGGUCGUAGGCCAGCUGUCAAAACAAAAUUAUCGAACAGAAAUAUAUGGAUUAUGUAAUCAGAUAUAUAAAGAUAUCCUCGAGAGAGAAUCAUUACAUGAAAAAUAUCCCGGUAGAAUUCGGACUGUAUUUUACGAAGAUGUGGCUAACAAUCCAAUUGUAUAUUCCAAAUCGCUGUAUUAUUAUCUCGGUAUGAAUUUUACCUCAGAUGUGGAGAAAACUAUCUUUGGAUUUACAUUGGCCGGAAAAAGUGGUUCAAAGAAAUGUGGAAUUCUUUGUACCCAGAUGGCAAACUCAUCUCAAGAGGCCAGUAAUUGGCGAGAUGAAAUAAGUAUGGAGUUGGUUAAAAUAGUCGACAAUGCAUGUUCAGAUUUGUAUAACAAAAUUGGUUAUAAAUCUAUACUGAAUGAAACUGAAUUACGUAAUAAGAAAUAUACGCUUCGUAAAUAAACAAAGUUAAAAUAUUUCAAAAA